AUGGCCCGUAACUACAUCAGAGAUAAAGAUUGGAUGUACGUGGGUCGUGCAGAACGCAUGCAAUCUAUUUUCGUUAAUGGAGUUGGUGCUUUCAUGGACUUUGUACGUAGACACGAUAUGGUCCGCCAUGGGAGACUCAUUUGUCCAUGUAAAUUAUGCGCGAAUAGGUUGCAUCAAUUGGAGGAAGAAGUAGAACUUCACAUUGUGAAGAAUGGUUUUGUUAGCGAUUACAAAACUUGGGUAUAUCAUGGACAAAUUGAAGGUCUCAGUGAUGCAGAUGAAGAAGAACAAGAAGAUGACAACUUAUUUCUUGAUGAAGAAAUGGAGGAAAUGGUUGAGGUAGCUCUUGGUAACACUAGCCCUGCUGAAGAUCCUCCUUUCGGAGGGCAUCGUGAAGACAAUUAUGAUAAGUACAUGAAUGAUGCUAAGAGGCCCAUUUAUGAGAAUGCAAAACACUCCACGCUGUCAUGGUUUGUCCAUCUAUUCCAAAUUAAAUGUCUAAAUAAAUGGAGCAACAAGUCAUUUACAAUGCUCCUCAAGUUUCUUAAAGAUUCUAUGCCUCCGGGGAACCAUGUGCCUGAUAACUGGUACGAAGCUCAAAAGAUAAUGUCUAAUCUGGGUCUAAAGUGUGAGAUGAUACACGCAUGUCCUAAUGAUUGUAUAAUUUAUUGGAAAGAAAAUUCAGAUAAUACGGAGUGUCCUACUUGCGGAGAGGCUAGAUAUAAGAAGAAAGUACAUGGUCAAAAGAAGGAUAUACCUAUCAAGUUAGUACGAUACUUUCCCAUUACACAGAGGCUGCAGAGGCUAUUCAAGUGUAAGAAGACAGCGGUGGCGAUGACUUGGCAUCACCGUGCACGUCCAAGUGAAAAUGGACGAAUGAGUCAUCCUAGAGAUACGCCUGCAUGGAAGGAUUUUGACAGUAGGCACCCAACAUUUAGUCAGGAACCUCGUAAUAUCAGGCUGGGAUUGGCUAGUGAUGGCUUUUGCCCCUUCAGCUUUAAGGGCAAUCCCCACAGCACAUGGCCCGUUGUGAUGAUGAUUUAUAACCUCUCACCGUGGUUGGCUAUGGACCAAUCAUAUUUCAUGAUGCCUCUUCUUAUUGAUGGUCCAAAGUCACCGGGAAACAAUAUUGAUGUCUAUCUUCGACCUCUUAUCGAAGAGUUAAAGUCUUUAUUCAUUGAUGGUGUGGAUACAUACGAUGCAGACACGGGGACAAACUUCACCAUGCGUGUAGCCUUAAUGUGGACAAUCAAUGAUUUUCCCGCGUAUGGAAUGCUAUCUGGUUGGUCUGUACAUGGUUAUACUGCAUGUCCUUACUGUCAUCUCCAGACAACAUCGAAAAGACUACCCUUUAGCAAAAAGACUUGUUAUUGCGGCCAUCGGCGCAUGUUGGAUGAAAAUCAUCCGUACAGAGAUGAUAUCAUCCACUUUGAUGGUACUAAAGAGAAUCGCCCGCGUCCAGACCCAUUAUCCGGAGAGGAUAUACUUGCUCAGUGGAAUGGUAAAAACAAUGUGACUUUUGGAAAAAUAAAGGGAAGGCAAGAAACACCACAGGGAUGGAACAAGAAAAGUAUCUUCUUCGAACUACCCUACUGGAAGACAAAUAAAGUGCGGCACAAUCUAGACGUCAUGCACAUUGAGAAGGGAGUAUCUGAGCACAUACUUAACUUACUUCUCUGUAAAGAUGGAAAAUCAAAAGAUAACCUUAAAGCUCGAAGGGAUCUGCAGGCGUGGAACAUUAGAAAAGAGUUGCAUCCUAUACCGAAGGCAGGCAAUCCUGACCAAUUUGUACUCCCUAAUGCUGUGUAUCACAUGUCACUAGAUGAAAAGAAAAAGUUUCUUCAGGUGUUACAUGAGUUGAAGGUUCCUACGGGGUUUUCAGGAUCAUUUAGUAAGAAGAUAAAGAUUGUUAAAGGCAAGAUCGAAGGGUUGAAGAGUCAUGAUCACCAUAUUAUUAUGGAGCAUCUUCUUCCACUCUCUCUCAGAACUUCUCUCCCUAAAUCAGUCGGUUUAGUGAUCAAUGAUUUUUGCAGAUUCUUUCGGGAAUUGUGUGCUAAAAACAUCGAGGAUGAUAAGUUGAAGAAGCUAGAGGCUGAAAUUCCCUUAAUUUUGUGCAAGCUUGAGCGGAUUUUUCCACCAUCAUUCUUUGAUAUCAUUAUACACCUGACUGUUCAUCUUGCAACCGAGGCUAGGCUUGCCGGACCAGUACAAUAUCGAUGGAUGUACCCCAUCGAAAGGUACCUUCUCACUCUGAAAAAUUAUAUUCGCAAUAGAAAUCGACCAGAGGGUUCUAUUAUGGAAGGUUAUCUGCUAGAGGAAGUAACCACUUUUUGUUCCCGUUAUCUGGAUGAAGACAUUGAGACAAAACUCAACAGACCUCUUGUGAUUCAUGACGGACCAUCAAAAAAGCCAGAUUAUAAUAGAAUGAAUCUCGCAUUUAUCAACAAGAUUCAUCGCUUUAUCAUUCUCAAUAUCGAAUGCCUUGGAGAAGUUAGAGAAAUACACAAGGAUGAAAUACGUGCAAUGCAUAGUAAUUGGAAUGAGGCACGAGUUGAAACACAUCAUCAAGAUAAUUUUUGCAAUUGGUUUAAACAUUAUAGCCGAUUACCGACUGUAGAAUCGAUAUUAGAUAAGGAUCUUGGAUAUUUGGCUACACUUCCAGAUGCUGAAGUUAAAUACUAUAAAGGAUUCGGUGUUGGCGGUUACAAGUUUGAAAUCAAGUCUAUAGAAGAAUCUCGAACCACCCAAAAUAGUGGAAUUGCAACCGUAGGCACUAAUGACGAGAUAUACUAUGGGUACCUUGAUAACAUACUUGGUAUCAACUAUCUAGGACGAGCAGGAUGCAUUUAUGUCUUUCAGUGUGUUUGGUAUGAUAUGAAGACUGGAACUGGUAAGUGGAGAGACAAUUACGGGACUUGGGUAGAUGAAUAUGGAUUGACGAGUGUAAACACCACACAUUUUUCCUUUGAGGAUGAUCCAUUUAUAUUUCCAGAACAAGCAUUUCAAGUAUACUACUCGAAGUGCUUGAGGCAUUCGGGGUGGAGUGUUGUAUGUCGAUGGAGGCCCAGGGAUACUUACGAUGUCCCACAGUUCAUAGAUUCAGAGGUCGUCGAGGUCAACGAUGACGAAGAAUUUGAGCAGGGAGGGGUUGUAUGUCAAGAUAAAUCUCCUGAAUAUGAUAAAAUUUCAUGGGUUAGGAAUGAUUUGAAUAGUGAAAUACUUGUAGAUAUUCCUACAACUUCUAGGGAAUCUGUAGAACCUAACAUUUCUGUAAAGCGAAAAAGGUAA